AUGACUACCGAGCAGACCUUCAUCGCUGUCAAGCCUGACGGUGUUCAGCGUGGCCUCAUUGGUCCCAUCAUCACCCGCUUCGAGAACCGCGGCUUCAAGCUCGCUGGUAUCAAGAUGGUCACUCCCUCCAAGGAGCACCUCGAGAAGCACUACGCCGACUUGAGCGACAAGCCCUUCUUCCCCGGUCUAAUUGCCUACAUGGGCUCCGGCCCCGUCUGCGCCAUGGUCUGGGAGGGCCGUGACGCCGUCAAGACCGGCCGCUCCAUCCUCGGUGCCACCAACCCCCUCGCCUCCGCCCCCGGCACCAUCCGUGGUGACUACGCCCUCGACGUUGGCCGCAACGUCUGCCACGGCUCCGACUCCGUCGAGAACGGCAAGAAGGAAAUUGCCCUCUGGUUCAAGGACGGCGAGGUCCAGAGCUGGAAGUCCGCUCAGCACGACUGGGUUUACGAGAAAUAG